AUGGUUCGUGAAAUCGUUCACAUCCAAGCUGGACAGUGCGGUAACCAAAUCGGUGCUAAGUUCUGGGAAGUCAUCUCCGACGAACACGGCAUCGACCCAACAGGUUCAUACCAUGGCGACUCAGAUCUUCAGCUCGAGCGCAUCAACGUUUACUACAACGAAGCUACAGGCGGCAAGUACGUCCCACGUGCUAUCCUUGUCGACCUUGAACCAGGCACAAUGGACUCCGUCCGUGCCGGCCAGUUCGGUCAGCUUUUCCGCCCAGAUAACUUCGUCUUCGGCCAGUCCGGUGCUGGUAACAACUGGGCUAAGGGCUACUACACAGAAGGCCAGGAACUUUGCGAAUCCAUCCUCGAUGUUAUCCGUAAAGAGGCUGAAUCCUGCGACUGCCUUCAGGGCUUCCAGCUCGUCCACUCCCUCGGUGGUGGCACAGGCGCUGGUCUCGGCACACUCCUUCUCAACAAGCUCCGUGAAGAGUAUCCAGAUCGUAUCCUCUCCACAUACUCCAUCGUCCCAUCUCCAAAGGUUUCUGAUACAGUCGUCGAGCCAUACAACUGCACACUCUCCGUCCACCAGCUCGUCGAGUCUGCUGAUGAAGUUUUCUGCAUUGAUAACGAAGCUCUUUACGAUAUCUGCUUCCGUACACUCAAGCUCACAACACCAACAUACGGCGAUCUUAACCACCUUGUUUCCAUGGUUAUGUCCGGCACAACAUGCGCUCUCCGCUUCCCAGGUCAGCUCAACUCCGACCUUCGUAAGCUCGCUGUCAACCUUGUUCCAUUCCCACGUCUCCACUUCUUCAUCGUUGGCUUCGCUCCACUCACAUCCCGUGGUUCCCAGCAGUACCGCGCUCUUACAGUCCCAGAGCUCACAUCCCAGCUCUUCGAUAACAAGAACAUGAUGGCUGCUUGCGAUCCACGCCGUGGUGUCUACCUUACAGCCUCCGCUCACUUCCGUGGCCGUAUGUCAUCUAAGGAAGUCGAUGAGCAGAUGCUUAACAUCCAGGCUCGUAACACAUCCUACUUCGUCGAGUGGAUCCCAUCCAACGUCAAGUCCGCUAUCUGCGAUAUCCCACCACGUGGUCUUAAGAUGGCUGCUACAUUCAUCGGCAACACAACAGCCUUCCGUGAACUCUUCACACGUGUCGACUCCCAGUUCCAGAAGAUGUACGCUCGCCGUGCUUUCAUCCACUGGUACGUCAACGAAGGCCUCGAAACAGUCGAAUUCGAUGAAGCUCGCUCCAACAUGACAGAUCUCAUCCAGGAGUACGAAAUGUACGAAACAGCCGGCGUCGAAGAACAGGGCGAAGGCGAAGAAGAUGAGGAAGGUGAAGCCGCCGCUUAA